AGCUCGUGCUUGUGACGUCAGUGCGUUUUGCUUCCGCUCCAAGAAGCGGGCCAGGAAAGAUGGCGGCGGCGGUGGCCGUGGAGAACAGCGGGCUGAAGCAGCGGAAUCACAAUAAUAGCAUCUUAACCGAAGUCAACCACAGGUUAAAGUUGGACACGUCUCGUAAGAUGUGGCUGAAGCAGGAGCAGCAGCAGGAACAGGAGGAGGAGGAGGAGGAGCAGGAUCUGCUGGAAGAAGAGAAGGAGGAGGAAGAAGAGGAGGAGUUGUGCGGUUCCAGACCCGUCCAGAUCGUGGAGGCGAAUGAAGAGGAGCACUCGUUCUCACUACAGGAGGAGCAGCUGGAGAGGCUGCUCCUUCAGGAGGAGGUGCGCGACCUGCACGUGGUCGUGGUGUCUGUGGCCGGAGCUUUUCGCAAGGGCAAGUCCUUCCUGCUGGACUUCAUGCUGCGCUACAUGUACAGAAAGUCUAAUUGGUGGCUUGGUAGUGAUGAAGAACCUCUGACCGGCUUCACGUGGCGUGGAGGCUGUGAGAGGGAAACGACAGGAAUCCAGGCCUGGAAUGAAGUGUUUGUGGUGGAGAAACCUGACGGGAAAAAGGUGGCAGUUCUCCUGGUGGACACACAGGGGGCGUUUGACAGCCAGUCUACAAUCAAAGAUUGUGCCACGUUGUUCGCCCUCAGCACCAUGACCAGCUCUGUUCAGGUCUACAAUCUGUCACAGAAUGUACAGGAAGACGACCUUCAGCACCUGCAGCUCUUUACAGAGUACGGUCGACUGGCCUUGGAGGAGGUCUACGAGAAGCCUUUCCAGACUCUGAUGUUCCUGAUCCGAGACUGGAGCUACCCGUACGAGUAUUCCUACGGUCUGGAAGGUGGAAAAAAAUUCCUGGACAAACGUCUGCAGGUAAAGCAAAACCAACACGAGGAGCUGCAGAACGUCAGGAAACACAUCCAUUCAUGUUUCUCCAAAAUCGGCUGCUUUCUGCUGCCACACCCGGGCCUCAAGGUGGCCACCAACCCUCACUUUGAUGGCCGCCUCCAUGACAUUGAUGAAGACUUUAAGCGGGAGCUGGUGAAUCUGGUGCCUGCGCUGCUGUCUCCAGAAAACCUGGUGGAAAAAGAGAUCGGAGGAGUGAAGAUCACCUGCAGAGAUCUGCUGCACUACUACAAGGCUUACAUGAAGAUCUACCAGGGGGAGGAGCUUCCUCAUCCCAAGUCCAUGCUGCAGGCCACGGCUGAAGCCAAUAACCUUGUAGCUGUAGCCGGAGCCAAAGACUUGUACAACAACGGUAUGAAGCAGAUCUGUGGUGGAGACAAACCCUACAUUUCUCCCGUGGAGCUGGAGCGCCGGCACCGUGAGCUGCAGCAAACGUCAGUGCGAAACUUCCGUUCGGUAAAGAAGAUGGGAGGAGAGGAUUUCUGCCGGCGCUACCAAGAGCAGCUGGAGGCGGAGCUGGACGAAGCCUACGUCAACUUCUGCAAGCACAAUGACGGCAAGAACAUCUUCCAUGCGGCGCGGACGCCAGCCACACUCUGCGUCCUCAUGUUCCUCACAUACCUGGGCUCCAUGAUCACAGGGUUUGUGGGGGUCACUCUUGUGGCCAUGCUGUGUAACCUUGUGAUGGGGAUCGCCCUGCUGGCGCUCUGCCUCUGGGCCUACACCAAAUACUCUGGAGAGUACCGAGAAGUGGGCGGAGCCAUUGACUGUGUGGCUGAGACGCUGUGGGAACAGAGGACUCCACGAAAGGUUUUAUCCAAACUGUUGGAAGUCCUUCAGAAUCGUUUCAGGUUGGGGGGGCUGAUGUUCAUGCUGAGGCCCCACUUUACCUCCAACAACGUCAAGAAGAAAAACUAGCAUCACUACAUUGUAAUUAUUUUAUUUCCACCCUCCUCCUUUGUGUCUCUCUCUAUCUCUCUCUCUCUGUGAGAACAAUUUUUCAAAUGGAGUGUAAAUUGUUUUUUCUUUUGGGCUCUAGAUGAAGGUCUGUAUUAUAGUGUAGUGAGUGGGACUGACAGAUAUAUAUACACACACAUAUAUAUAUAUAUAGAUAUAGUUGAUUUGAAGGGGCCAUGAAUUUGUCGCUCCUCAUCGUCGCAGGUGCAUGGUUACCUGUUGACGCUGACGAGUACCAACACAUAAGGACCACAUCCACAGAAGUUCCUUUUUGACGCUCGGAAAUACGCAUCAUGAACCAAAGUUUACAGCUGAACUUUAGACACUGACUUUUUUUUUUUUUUGCAGGAUCUGAUAUUAGCUCAAAUUGUUGUGUAACACUAUUGUACAAAGUUGCAGUAAGUUCUACCUGUAGUUAACGCCUCGUGACCUGCAUGUGUGUAGACACCCCGGCCUGGAGACAAGUGAAUUCUAAUUGGAAACCAUACAGUUGCAACUCCUGACUUAGGGUAGCUCAGACAGAGGCUGUUGUGGCGCCCCCUGUAGGCGGGAGACCAAACAUUCAACUUGACAUUGAGAAAUGCUGCUUUCUUUUUUAAAUGCACAGUUAUGUUGAAAUUUGAACAAAUGUAAACAGCACAAAGGCCUUUGAUCAGUUGCCAAUAGUUGGCGCUAUUUAGUGCUUCUUGGCACACUCGUUUAAACAGAGGUAAACCUGGGCAUAAUUAGUCUUUUUUUUUUAACCCUUAUUGUCAUUAAGAGGUUAA